AUAAAAAUGAAUAAACAAGAGAAAAAUCAAUAUUUGAGGGAAUGGCGCCAAAAUAGUCAAGCCUUAAAUAAUAUACUUGUAAAUGAAGAAAUCAACAACUCAUCGCAUGUCAAAUCCAAUAUUAUUGAAGUCGAGAGUUUUAAAUCUGAUCAAGACUCUGAGGUUCCUUUGAAUGAUGUUAAUAAAGAUCUUAAUGAUGGAGUACUUGUUACAGAGAUUGUCAAAUGGACUUUAAAACACAGAAUAACUAGAAAUGCAAGUGAUAAACUGUUAUUUUUAAUUUUACACCAAUAUGGUCAUCAUGUUGAUUUACCAAAAUGCGCGAGGACAAUUUUAAAUACUCCUAGGAAUGUUCCAAGUGAGUUAAAAUAUGGAGUUGUCAAUGGCCUUCCCUUAUUCAAGUCAUCAAACACACAGGCCUAUAUUAUUUAUAUUUGACAAAGGUAUACCAUUUAUUGUAUCAUUAUUUGUUGGUGAUAACAAGCCAAAUAAUCGUGAUGAUUUU